AAAAAUUAAUGAAUGCAUAAUUGCUUCACUAUAAAUUGGAAUAGUUGGAAGUCAAGGGUAGUUCAAAAUUCGAAGUCGUUUUUGCUGCUCCUGAUACCCAAUAAGAAUAAUAUUCAAGAUAUACUUUGAGGGCAUGGUGGAUUGUAUUAUAGGCGCAUCGAGAUAAACCAUAUGCAACUAGAAUAGAUUUGUAUGAAAGGGCUUUUAAAUACAUUCCAAAUUGUUAUAAAUUAUGGUUCAAUUAUUUGAAGGAAUAACUAGAAGAUUUGGGAGGUAGAAGCACAUUCUUAUCAAAUAAAUUUGAGGAAAUGAUGACCUAUUUUGAAAAAGCACUAGUGUAUAUGCACAAAAUGCCUAAUAUCUGGUUGAUGUAUGCUGAAUAUAGUGCAUCAUUGUAGAAAUAUACACACACUAGAAAUGUGUAUGAUAGAGCCCUUUAAUCAUUACCAGUCACUCAACAUCAUAGAAUUUGGAAAGCUUAUUGUUAAUGGGUAUGAAUUAUAAUUAAAUUUUCAGAUAUCGAAAACAGAUUCAAUAACAACUGCAAUUUCUAUAUAUAAUAGGUACAUUAAGAUAAAUCCAGAUUAUAAAGAAGAAUAUUUAGAUUACUUAGUAUCAAAGCAAUUAUGGGGAAAGGCAUGCUCAAUUUUAGUAGACAUCUUAAAUGAUGAUCAAUUUAAUUCUGCAAGUGGAAAAACCAAAUAUGACUUUAUGAAAUAUUUAUGUGAAAUAAUAGCUAGACAUCCUAAUGAUUUACCAAUAGAUGCAGCAUCAAUAAUGAAAUUUGGAAUUAAGAAAUAUUCAGAUGAGAUUGGUUAAUUAUGGAUAAAAUUAGCUGAUUAUUACAUAAAAACAGGUUAAUUUGAAUAAGCCAGAGAUACAUUUGAAGAUGCAGUUAAUAAUGUGUUAACAGUAAAAGAUUUUAGUUUGGUGUUUAAUGCAUAUGUCAAAUAUGAAGAAACAAUUAUCUAAAUGCUGGAAGAUUUUGAUGAGAAUGAUGAAAAUCAAGAUGACAUUGAUGAUACAAUUUUAUCGACUAAAUUGGAUUAAUUACUAAAAAUAAAGUCAUCACAAGAUGAUGAGGUGUAAAUAGAAGAUGAGUUAUUAUUAAAAAUGGACAGAUUGGAUGAACUUUUGGAGAGAAGACCCAUACUAUUAAAUUCAUGUAUAUUGAGAUAAAACAAAUAUAACGUUGAGGAAUGGCUAAAAAGAAUUGAAUUGGUCAAAGGAGAUGAAAGAAUGGCUUUGAAAACCUUCACUGAAGCACUUGAAAUUGUGGAGCCUAAUCUAGCAGAUAAUGGAAAGUUGAGUGAUAUUUGGAUAGCUUAUGCUAAAUAUUAUAGAGAUAAGGGUGAUUGGAAAACUUGCAAUUAAAUCUUUCAUAAGGGAUCAAAAAUAGAAUUCAAAAACAUUGAAGAACAUGUCAAUCUAUGGUCAUUAUGGGUUGAAACAUUACUUUUAGAUGGAUUUGUUAAUGAUUCUCUUACUGUAAUUAAGUAAGGGUUAUUUAAAAAGUAUGUCAAGAAAUUAGAUAAAAUGACUCCAUCAGAAAUGGUUCCUUACUCUUUACAAUUAUGGUAACUCUAUCUAGAUUUAGAGAGAAACUUUGGAAAUUUUAAAUCCUUACGUGCAGCUUAUAAACGCAUGGUUGAAUUAAAAGUUGUGACUCCGUUUAUUAUCAUUAAUUAUGCUCAACUUUUGGAAGAUAAUGCAUUCUAUGAGGAAUCUUUUAAGGUUUUUGAGGCUGGAGUCUAAUUAUUCGAUUGGCCAGCUUUGUAUGAUUUAUGGAUUGUUUACAUUACUAAAUUUAUUUAAAGGUAUAGGGGUCAAAAAAUAGAAAGAACUAGAAACCUCUUUGAAACUGUAAUCGAAUAAGUGCCAAAAGAUGUAAUAUUUAUUAUGAUAAUAGAAAAAUCGAAUAUUUUAUUUAAUGUAUGGAGAAUUCGAGGAACAAUUUGGAUUAUUAAAUCAUGCUAUUGAAAUCUAUGAUAGAAUGGUAUUUAAUGUUGAAUACCAGGAUAAAAUGGAAGCGUAAGUUAUAUCAUUUAUUUAGUUAUAAUAUUUAUAUAGCCAAAGUAGCACUAUAUUUGGGUAUAACGAAAACCAGACCAGUAUUUGAGAGCGCAAUUGAAAAUUUAUAAGAAGCAGAAUUAAUUCAAAUGGGAUUAAGAUUAGCUUAAUUGGAGAGAAAAUUUGGAGAAAUAGAUAGAGCAAGGGCAGUCUAUAUACAUAUUUCUUAAUUCAGUGAUCCAAGAUUUGAUGAUUUUGGGUUAUGGAAAACUUGGGAGAAUUUUGAAUUGCAUCAUGGAAAUGAAGAUACUUAUAAAGAAUUCAGAAGAAUUUCUAAAAGUGUAGUGGCCAAAUUCAGUUUAAUGCCUCCAGAUCCAAAAAAGAUUAAAGAGAGAGUAGAGAAGGGAUAAUUAGGGUAAGUAUGAAAG